AUGUUAGGUUGUCGGAAUGUUGGGUUGUUGAGAAGAUGGGUGUCGGGAAGUUGGGGUGACCAUUAUAAACAUGCAUCAGUUACAAAAUUUGGGGACAUUCUGUUGAUUGGUAGUGUAAUACCGUUGGACCGUUUAGGG